CCACUCUCGUGCUCAGCCUGAUCCUCAUAAUCAGCAUCAUGUCAUGGAGAGGUUGACCUCACCGCACUCUACUUAAAUCUCUAUACAUAUUGGGCCUAUAUGCAUUUUUCUUUUCCUUCUACGUUUCUCUCCCUCUCUUCCGCUGCCACUUGAGUCUGCUUGGUUGCUGCUUGGAGUUGAUCUGCUUGUGGCCAGAUGGCGGACUGGGGGCCGGUGUUCGUGGCGGUGGUGCUCUUCGUGCUGCUCUCGCCGGGACUGCUCUUCCAGGUCCCGGCUAAGGGCCGGGUGGUGGAGUUUGGCAACCUGCAAACCAGUGGUAUGUCCAUCUUCAUCCACUCCAUCAUCUUCCUCGGCCUCGCUGCCGUCUUCAUCCUCGCCAUCGGCGUCCACGUCCAUUUGGGCUAGCUGAUUAAUUACUAAAAUUAAGCUACCAACUUCUUGUUAAUUUGGGUGUGAAAUUUGGAGUUUUAAUUACGUUUCUGUACUAAUUAAGUCAAUUAAUAAGGUGCUGAAAUUAAACUAUGAGCAGCUUCAUUUUUAUUUGUUUUUAUUGGAUGACAGGAGUAAUUAAUAAGCUCCUUAAUUAUAAUUUA